CGGUCAGCUGUUGUCUGCGCUGCAAAAAAUACCCACAUAUCAAAGUUUUUUCAUCCUGAAAUCUGUUCUUCGGCCCAGAUGAUCAGCUGACCAUGUCCAAUUAGAGUAAAAUAGGUUGUAAGCAGGUCAAAUCUUUCGUCUUUCUGGAUGUGAAGCUUUUCGUGGCUGAAGUUCUUGUUGGUUCUUCCCGAGUUGCUAUUUUUUGCAGUGUGGGUUCUUCUGAUCCUCCCAGCACUUUCCGGAUACUUGUUCCCCGCAGACUCGUCGUCUCAGAAGUCGUCCCCCAUAUAAAACCUACAGCCAGAAGGAGUUGGAUUAGUUGAGUGAAGACGCUUCAAUAACUCGGUGCGCGCUCUUGGUUUUGUUUUUGGAUCAACUGGUGACUGCGUGCGUAAACGUGACGCGCGUGAUCCGACGGGGUUCAAGUUUUUCCACAGAAAGUUUAAAGAGAACGUUUGGUUGAAGUUUUUUUUUUGCAAAUAGUCGAACUUCGCGUUGCUUCGAGGUCAGCUGGACAUGGCAGAGGGAGACUUCUACACGAUGGGAAACCGGCAGAGGUUUCCCAGGGAUCCGUUCGGAGAGUCGCCGUUCAGGGAUCAGUCCCCGUUCAGGGACCAGGCUCCGUUCAGGGACCAGGCCCCGUUCAGGGACCAGGCUCCGUUCAGGGACCAGGCUCCGUUCAGGGACCAGCUCCCCUCCCGGUUUAUGGAGGAUGACUUUGGGAUGCCACCUUUCCCCGAUGACCUGUCCAUGGACUGGCCCGGUUGGGCCCGUCCGGGCCGCUUAGGCUCGCGCCUCAGCUCGUCGCCCUUCGGCGGCUCGUUACGCACCGGUUUCCCGCAGCGUCCGUCGCCGGGAGGCUCCCCGCUGUACACCAGCAGGUACGCGGAGCCCUGCUCCAGGAGCUCCCCGGUCACCACCGACGGGGAGCCGUGGAAGGUCUGCGUGAACGUCCACAGCUUCAAAGCAGAGGAAUUACACGUCAAGACGAGGGACGGCUUCGUCGAAGUGUCAGGGACACAUGAGGAGAAGCAGGAGGCAGGAGGCAUAGUGACCAAGAACUUCACAAAGAAGAUACAGAUCCCGGUGGACGUGGACCCUCUGACGGUCUUCGCCUCGCUGUCCCCGGAGGGCGUCCUCAUCAUCGAGGCCCGGCAGACGCCGCCCUACUGCCUCUUCAGCAGCGAGGCGGCGGCGCUGCCGGAGGCCGAGGCGCUGCGGCCCCAGGAGGCGCCCGCCGUGUGAGGGCGCGGCAGCGACGCACACCUCCAGAUUCAGUGAGCACACGUCUGCUGGAGGAACAGCGAGCUCCGCGUUAGAGCUGCAAAGGCCAAACUUCACAAAGUCUAAUCUAAAGCCUAAUCUAAGCUUUAAUGUUGCCUCAUUCGUUCAGUAUCACUAUUUAUUUUAACAUAAGGAUGAUUUAAUGGUGAGAUCUGUUGGUUGUGAUUUAAAUCUAAAUACAUGUGCCUUUAUUUACUCGCGUGUCUUGAUUACACUCAGUUCUACCUUUUGCUGUUUUUGAGUUAAUGAAUGUCUCUUAAACUGACAAGAAACUAAAUGAAGCCACUUUUUGCCGUGUGCAUCGUUGUAAAUAGACGUUACCGUGUGGUUCGUCAUCACUGCUGCUCUGACGCUCCCGCCUGUGUUUUCUUUUCUAUUUGAGCCGACGGCUGCGUGGCUGUUGGAAGGGACGGAGCGAGUCGUUGCCAAAGACAUUUGUUUCCUUCCUCCUCCAUUGUGGUGCCUUUGUUUUGGCUGAUGCAAUAAAAGCGUGCAGCCAGUC